CAUUGUCACACAGUAUGAUGAAGCCAAAAGGCAAGAUAAAAAGAAACAGCAGGACUAUCUUGAUGGAAAUAGAGCCCGCUUAAUGAAUAUAUAUGACAAAAGUUUCUGGGAAAUGAAACCAGCCGCAAAACUCACUGGAAAGGAGCAAUCGAAUUUGCGAAAAAUUGACAUUGGCGCUGAUAUGGUUCCUAUUAGAGAUUGGUGUAACGGUAGAGAACUUUAUGAUACAAAAGGCUUUAUCAGAUAUGGAAUUAGAUACAGAAAUGGUCGGCUAGUUGUUCCAGUAGACGGCACAUAUUUUAUUUAUUCUAAUCUUGACUUUUUCGAAUCCUGCAAUCCUGCAUCUGGCUUGCCAGAUGUAAAAGAUAUUAGUAAACCAAUCAAGCACGGUAUUUUUAAAUUCAAUAUUCUUGAAGGAGAAGAAAACGAAUUAGUAACAAAUGUACAACCACAUACUAUCUCUACCAACCGAUACUACAAUUCAUAUAAUAGCUAUGUCUCGUCACUGGUAGAACUAAAAGCUGGUGAUGAACUUUCUGUUAAAGUUAGCAAUAUUACAUACAUAAGAUACACAAGGGACAAUUAUUUUGGAGUCAAUCUAAUAUGACUAAAUCCUCACCCUGGGAAACACGUGCACGUCGUGGUGGGGGCACAGCCCAUCAAUCUGAUUAAAGGUACAUAUGAUAAUAAAGCUGUUAACAAUGGGCUGACUGAGUUUCCCUUUAAGCCCCCAUAAACAAGAAAAAUGCAUAGAACAUUUUAAUUUGAAAAUAAAUUUCCCUUCAAAUAAUGAUACAAAAGCUCUGGACUAAAUAUUGUCUUUUUAUAUGUAAUAUGUUAUAUCAUUAUCAAAUUGUUCAUCCCAUGGUGUAUCAAAGAUAAUAAUAAACUAUGCACCUUUAUUAAAAUACAGUUUUUUCCCUCAAAUAUAGUCUGAUAACCACAACUUGCACGUGAGUUCAUUGUGGACUGAUGGUUUUGAUCUUCACUUUUAAUACUUAAUAAUUAAUUAAUUAAUUAAAAUUUGGUUUGAUUUAAGUAUUUUAAUUAAUCAAACAAUUAAUUAAUUAUUUAAUUAAUCAAUUUAAACUUUAUUUUGAUUUAAAUAUGUUGGAUAUACAUUAUGUAUAUUUGUUGAGUUGUUUAAAUCGUGUCCCAUGUAUUAUGCCUGCGUCUAUAUACUGUAGUUUGUACUCCCUAUUAAGUAAAGAAAUUUCGAUAAAUAAACCGACAAAAAAGAAAUAAUUUAUGAAUUGUUCACAUUUGUUUUUCCAACUUUCCAAGUGCUUACUUUCUUCUACUCUACCACAUAGAAGAUUUAACUCCUUUAAAACAUCAGAAUACAAACUCCCAAUUUAGGAUUGAUAGAAAGUUUAUUUAAGCAUUAGAUAUGUCAAAUCGAAUAUCGCAGAAUUUCAAUAUGCAAACAGUCGUAUAAUUACUGUUUAUUUUACAUUAAGUUGAUGCUAAUUAUGUAAGACAAUUGAUAACAGUCAUGAAAAUGCGAUACAUGCAAGCUUAAGAUUUUAUACGUUGAAAUCCGUCUAAGAACAAAACUUUCUUAGAUAAAAACAAACAGAACCUUUAUAUGAUGUUGGUGAUGAACUUUCUGUUACAGUUAGCAAUAUUUCAUACAUAAGGUCCACAAGGGACAAUUAUUUUGGAGUAAAUCUGAUAUGACACUAUCCUCACCCUGGGAAAUACGUGCACGUCGUGGUGGGGGCACAGCCCAUCCAUAUGAUUAAAUACACAUAUUAUAGGCAAGCUGUUAACAAUGGGCUGACUGAGUUUCCCUUCAAUACGUCAAUUUCCAUACAUUAUACGCUGCACAUGUAUGUACCCAAAUAUUUUUUCUGGUUAUUUUACCUCAAUUUCCCUAAACAUGGUUUUGUUUGAGUUUUCACCUUUUCCAAACUUUUUAACUGUAUUUCAUACACGUUAAGAAUCUUAAAAGUAUAUAAUGCACAUCAGUAUCAGAAUAUUAUGAAUUCCAAGUUGUUCAUAAUUUUCUAGCAAUAUUCCAUUUCGGUUAAAACCAAUUGUCUUUGGGAUUGUUGAAAAAUAAUAAGAUAUUGUCUUUUAAUAUUGUGUUAUACCUUAGAUCUCAAAUAUUGGAAAAACCGGGUAUUUCAAGUGUUUUUAGCAUGUCAAGACACACUUGAAGAGUGUUUCCCUUUUAUUGUAUUUAUUCUGAAAGAACACGACGUGCACGUUUACUCAUGUCUUGUUUCAAUGAUUUAUCCAGAUUUAACUUUGAGAGUUUUGUACCUAAAAACUAAACGUGAAGUACAAGUAGUAUAGAUGACAAAUUCAUUUGAAACAUAAUUAUUUGAAACAGUCACAUAAAACAAAAAACUAACUUUCAUGUUAACGCGUUUCUGUUUUAAAAGGAAAUGUUCAACAUUUUGGUUAUCAUAAAACUUGAGUGACAGCCUUUUUAUUACAUGCUUUUCGGUGGUUUAUAGAAAUAUAUCAGUGAUAUAAAACUGGUAAUUUCACUGUUUGAAACAGUGAAAUUACCACUUUGAUAAUCUCACUGUUUUGAAUUUAAGCCCCUUACGUUGUUUCAGUGACAUACCAGCGUGCACAGAACUGGGUACCAACUUAAUGACGUGACGUCGUAAAUGACGUCACGUUGUAUUAUUAUUUGGCGCGCUAUUCAUUCA